AUGUCUCUGCGUGGUCACCCCUCAAAGCCCUUCAGUGCCGCAUCCAGUGAGUCGCAAGGCCCUUCUGCAGCCACCCGAGGUGCUGCAAUGGCAGCAGCAGCUUCCUCAAGCCACCCGGGCCACGGGAUCCCCAUGGCUGCUAAUUCCAAGCAGAAAAAGAGAAAGAAGGAGGAGGUCUUGAUCCAUGAAUCAGGUGAAUUCACAGAGAUCAUAAGCAGAAGAAAGGCCAGGACCAAGGCGGAGGUAGCGGCAGCUAUAGAUGCCUCUACCUCUGUGACACUACAUCACAAGGCCAAGGCGGCGUCACAGGUGUCCAAAGGACAGGGACAGGUGACGGAGGCAGAGCACGUCAACAAUUCCAAGUCCACGCUUCCCUUGCAAAAGCAUCGCAUGCAGAGGACCCCUCAGAAGGCAAGUGUGUCAGUCGGCGAUCACAAUGACCCAUCGCUGCUCCCGCGGGUCGAUAUCAAAGGGCAUGAGGAAGGACGUCCAAACAGCGGUGGGACCCUGCCGUGUAAGCACCCCGGGUUUCUAGCUGUGCUGGAGUGUGACAAGUGUAACAACAUAGCCAUUGCACCAGAGGAGCUUGCUGUAGCGCAGGCACACCUGGAUAACUACCGGCAACUGAACGCAAGAGACUGGCCCUCUGAUGACAUUGUGAACUGGUAUACCACAGACAGGCCCAACAAAAACCCCGAGGCCACCUUAAUCAACGUCUACAGCGGCCAAAAGGAAUUGAAAGGGGCCUUCUAUGAGCGUUACAAGUUCGAAGUUUGUCUGUUCAAUCAGUACAUUACCUGGUUUGGGGGUAUCAUGUAUGAAGUUGGAAGGGUAAUUCGGAACUUGCAGUGCCCCUGGAGAACCGUAGACAAAUGUCCGAAGGAGUUUGAUGAUGGCUGCGACAUCUGGGAGUAUUAUUCUAGGGUUAACUGGAAGGUGGGCGCUGCAGCAAACAUUUGCAAUGCGGCUCUGGCGUAUGCGGCCAAACAUUGGGAGGCGAAGUUCAACCCCUUUCUGCACAUCUGGGCAGUUGCAAUGUUUUUUGACCUGUAUGAUGUUGCGUGCUCGAGUAAUUUCGACGUCAAUCCAUUGCUCUGCUAUGAUCCAUUCGGCUUUGACUGGGACCAGUGGGCAAGGAGACAUGACUACAUUGACCUCUUUGGCAAGGACAUGGUGAACGGUGUUAGUGACGCUGUGAUACCUCAAGGGAACAAUGAAGCACUUGCAAAGGCUAAGGAGGGCGCAGGGAGAAAGGCUGCAAUACUGGCAAAGCAGGCUCUACAUGGAAGUAUACAGAAAAUCAAGGAGUGUCGUAGAAGUGUAUAG